GAUGGGAUGACGCCAAUUGAUGAACAAACCAGUCCCAUGCAUGUACACAUCUAUCUACGCACAUCCUCAAGUCCCAGCACUACUUGCUCCCUCUUGCCUCUCUCAUCAUGGCCACCGUCACCCCCACUGUCAGCAGCACGAAACCUACUCGCCAUCAACCUGGCCCUGUCCACCCUCGACUUGCCCCGCCACUCGCCCAGCAUCUCAGACUCAUCUAUGUCAGACUCCAAAGCCAUCUCUGACCCGCUCUCCUCUCCCCCACCAUCCUCCUCCUCUCUCUCCUCAUCGUGGUCACGCCCGCGUGCCCCUGUGGCUUCCCUUUCUGGCCGGUCGCUUGGUCGACGAGCGUCCUGCUGGGGGGCCUCAGCCGUGAAGAAGGCGAAUCGGCCACCGGAGGACAUCACCGGCGGCGGCGGGGGGCCCCCAGCCUCGCCCGAUCGAUCACCAUCACCAUUAUCAUCGUCGUCAAGCUGUGUGAGGUCGACAUGGGCCGCCUUGCGCUUCUGCCCCAGCAGCCGGGGGUGCAGCGGCAGCGGCUGAGACGACUCAUGGUCCAGCACUAUCGCGUUGUCCUCACCAAAGCCGCUCACUUUGCCGUAGACGGGAUGCAGCCCGCCCGCCCCUUCCCGCCGCCACGCUGACUUGCGGCAGCUGUCGGUCCAAGUGAAGGAGCCCAGCGGGCGAGAGGAAGGAGGGGCGUCAUCAGCAGCUUGCUGCUGCUGGGCGGGAUGAGACGGCUCGGGCAGAGAGGGGGGAGGGUGAAAAGAAAGGGAGACGGCCGGGGGUGGGGCAUCGUCAGAGGACGCAGCAGCAGGUUGGCCGAUGAAUGCGCGCCCACCCUGUUGUUUGUAGCGGAGCGUCUCCGUCUCCCUGCGGCUCUUGGCCAUCUCCUUUUUCUGCUGGAAGGCCCGCCAUGACGACACUCGCUCGUCAAAUGCAUCCUGGUUCUCCUCCUUGUGCUGCCGCAGGGCAUCAUGUCUGGCAUGAGAUGACAACAGAGAGAGGCAAGAACGACACAGUGUCACUGCGGUUGGUAGGACGGACAGGUCUUCCUUACCGUCUUUGCACGGCGUCAUCUUUCCGCUCUUUUCGCCUCCGCUGGGCAUCACGCUGGCCCUCACGACGCGCCUCCCACGCACGGACCUCCUGACACACACACACACACACACACUGCUGAUGGUCCUGGAUGUGGUGGCUGCCCACUUGCCUGUCGGAAUUUCUCUUCCUCAGCGGCGAACGCCUGUUCCAUCUCCUCGAUGGUCGCCUUCUCCCACCACCGCACGAAACUCGAUGAUCCACCCUGCACCCAGCACACAGACAGACAAAGGAUGCUAGGACGGUGCUGACGGCUUCUCAUCUGUUGUGUGACGGCACCUUUUGGUGUAGGUAUGAGUCGAAGCUAUUGCUGGCGCCGCCUCUGCCAUGGCCAGUGGCGGCGUGAAGAGCCCGCUCCUGCUCGGAUGCAUCGCUCAGCACUUGGAGAGCGCCAAACACCACCCGAAACGCGUCAGACGCCCUGGCAACACACACACACACACACGCACACACACAGAGGGAAAAGAACAGAUCAUCGGCAGUUCAAUGUGUCGCUUCAUCUCUGUGUAGCUGAGCACAUACUUUGGAUGGGUGCAUUUGUCGGGAUGGACGAGGAGGCUGAUGCGCUUGUAGGCCUUGCGCACCACGUCGGUGUCGGUUAUCCACUGCGGCUGCAGCUCCAGCACCUCGUAUGCGCUGCGCGCCGACAACACACGCUCAACCACCGCCUCACUCAUCCCUUCUCUCC